AUGCCGUCUUUCGGGCGCAUUAAAUUAGGACCCGGUAACGUGUCGUUGUCGAAUGGCUCGACGACAGCGGGUUCACCUUUGAACCCAAGAACUGGUUCGCCGCAAGAACACGUACCUCAAUCUACGCCUACGCAGGGUCCACAACAACCAUCGCAAAACGGUCAGUCUCCGAUGGCGGCGUUGAUGUCCGUCGCGGAUAAUUUACCACCCGGAAGUCCGAGAAGUGCUGGAGGAAGUCCUCCGGGAAGUGGAGGCCCGAGAUCGGCGAGCAGGAGCAGUCAGCACUCUCCCAAUUCCUCAGGUUCCUCAAGUGGGAGACGGUCAUCGGGAAGCCGGCACGUUUCGUCGACGACCGUAACAUCGAGCGAAGCUAACAGUCUGACAAACGGAACGGAAGCAGCGUGUUCGGCCGACGCGAACCAGUCUCAAACGAAUACCAUACCCACGACGACCACACUCAAAUGCACACUUUGUCAAGAGCGACUCGAAGACACUCACUUCGUGCAGUGUCCGAGCGUGCCCCACCACAAAUUUUGCUUUCCGUGUUCGAGAGAUAGCAUCAAGAGACAGGGAGCCGGAAACGAAGUCUACUGUCCGAGCGGUGAAAAAUGCCCCCUCGCAAAUUCCAACGUUCCUUGGGCUUUCAUGCAGGGAGAAAUAUCAACCAUACUAGGAGAAGAGUUCAAAGUGAAAAAAGAAAGGGAAACCUAG